AUUUAGACUCGACAUCUAACAAAAUCUGACCCUAGGUGACAUUCCAACGCCGCAGGAGCUUGAGUUAGACACAUUCCUUGAACGAAGUUGAGGGUUCAAGAGGGUGCUGGACACUGCUCCAUUUUCCUUCUUUCGCCCUUCGCUCAAUCUUCAUCGUUCUACCCUUCAAUAACCAACAGAAGAUGUUUGACCAACCAAACUGCACUAUCAUUCCCGGUGACGUGCCAAGCGAUGCAGGUAUUGCCGGCGCCGGUGUUCUUCUCGCUUCCACCAUCACAGCAGGGCUAGCGCUGAGCUUGUCAGCGAGCAUGGUGAUACAGGAAAUAUGGCGUCCGUCAGACUCCAGGACCCGAAAUCUCUCCGUCAUCCGACGGAAACUCCUCAACGGGUACUCGGACCAGCAGAUCAUGGUCGGCAUCGGCGUGCAGAGCGUCGGGCUGGUCAAGUCCAACACGCUGGUGCCCUAUCACUUCUUUCUCAUCUGGAUGCUGGCGCUGCUCUCCAUGGCAACACACAAUGCGGCUUUGUUGGCUCUGGUUCAAGACUUCAAGCGCGAUUGGGUCCUGCGCUGGCUACGACAGCUGCUGAUGUUUGCGAACUUGGCCCUUUCUUGUGUCUAUGGGAUAUACGUGCUGCAAAGCAAGGUCAAGGGAUUGCCAAACACGCUGCCCAUCGGCUGCGUCUGGAAGCUGGACUCGACCACGUCCAGCGUUGGAGGGCUGGAUUACGUGGGGACGAUUGUGACUAUCGCUGGGAAUUGCGUCGUCUUCGGUUUGGCGACAUGGUAUUUGCAGAGUCGCCGGCAGAGAUUCUACAAGGCGGUUCAGAUCGUCGGGUUGAUCUUAAUGUCCGGAAUUGCCAUCGGAGCAACUGUACGCUCCUAUUUGCUAUCGCAGGCGUUUGGAAACCCAGAUGUCAAGCUCAGCGACGAAGGCGAGAAGCAGUGGAGCUUCGGUCAGCUGCUGUCACUCCUUAUGCUGACUCUGCCAGUCAUCUCAGCCAUUGAGAUCAUGCGGGGGGAGAUAGCUGUUGCACCGCCACUCCAAGACGAAGACAAGCAGGCCUUGUUUGACACAGAGCUGUCAGGGAAUCACUAGAUCAAUCACGCUACACGUACAAGUACAUAGAGUGCACGAAAACAGUAGGGCAUAAUCCUUUGCCCCCCACAUCAAGUAUCAGCAUGGAACCAUCAAGUCAGAGAUAUCCUAUCAAGGGAAAACGCUAGACUCUACCUUAGAUGAACCACAACGAGUGAGUAUCGGACAUCCUGAGUGACCGGUGACAGAUGGG